ACAGACACGUAAUACAAGCAAGCACCCCCAAAUAUUUUAAAGAAUAGACCUCAUUCGAGCGUAUGACUAAAGAUAAACCCAACUCUUUUUACUCGUGUUUAGUCAUCGCCUGAAACCGCUCUGUGAGUAAAACAAAUCAUAGUUUUUUUUAGAAAGCAUUUUGCCGGUACCACGUGACUAAACGCCAUAUUGGAUUUUACAGCGAACAUGGCCUCCGCAGUGGCGAUAUCUCAUGAGGAAACCCCUCACGACAAGAAGACAAUUAAAACAGAAGAGACAGAGUCUGCCCUUCUGACACCCGAACAAGAGAUCAAACAUCCUCUACAGAACAAGUGGGCUCUUUGGUUCUUCAAGAACGAUAAAACAAAGUCUUGGGCCGAUAAUCUUAGGGUUAUCACUGCCUUUGAUACCGUUGAGGACUUUUGGGCGUUAUUCAACCAUAUCCAGUCUGCCAGCAAACUCCAAUCAGGAUGUGACUACUCGCUGUUCAAGGAAGGAAUCAAACCCAUGUGGGAGGAUGACAAGAACAGAAAAGGAGGACGUUGGUUGCUCAAUCUAGGACGGGUUAAGCCACAAGAUGUCGAUCGAUAUUGGUUAGAAUCGUUGUUGUUUCUUAUCGGAGAGUCUUGUGAUGAUGAAGGAGAGUUGGUCAACGGUGGGGUCAUCAAUGUCCGAGGCAAGGGCAACAAAAUCUCUGUCUGGACAGGCAACCACAAACAGGAAGAUGGAAUUAUGAAAAUUGGGAAAGGAUUCAAGGAAAGACUCAGUCUUCCAGCAAAGACAUUAAUAUCAUACGAGGCACACGCAGACACAAUGUCCAAGACGGGUUCAAUGGCAAAGAGUCGCUUCGUGGUAUGAUAGUCAGCUUUGGUCAUAGUAUGUACAGCUUUAUUGAUUUGUGUAGAGAUCCUGUUUAAAGGGGUCUGUACAGUGGGUAAUAACACGACUCAGAGGUGCUCUGAAUUAAAGGGGAAAAAGGGACAAGAUUAUUGGUCCCUUAGUAGAAGGGGAAGGGGGCUAGGGGGGGACAGAUGUCAUGCCAUUAAAUGGCUCAAUACUUGUAUUUAACUAAUUCAUGUUAAUUAAAGUUAUAGAGUCUAGUACAGAAGGAAAGAAACUGACAGUCUCGUUGAACUAGUGCCGUUAUUAUUAUUUUUUUUCAAGUGAGUAUUUUCAGAAGUAUUUCUUAAUGUUCUAGAAUCAGAUCGACUGUGAGAUUUCCGUUUUUAUUUGUAUCUGUUUUAUCGUCUGCGUUGGUGGACAAAAAGCUAAGACGUCGAGCGACACUUUUUUGAGUAUUUUUGUUUUUGAGGGUGUAAAGUAUUGUUCAGGUUGAUCGGUACCGUCUGAAAAACUGAAAAUGUUUGGAGGGAAUUUUUGAAGUUUUAUUUUAUCGUUUUGAGUAUGGAUAAAUUACAUGAGAACAGUCAUAAUGGCGCUGAUUAAUAAGAAAAGGAAAAACACUAGAUUAUUAAAUCUAUUGUGUGAUUUAUUGUAAAUAGAUAAAUAUGCUGUAUUUACAUUGAAAACACUUGUUAUUUGCAUGUAAGAAUUGCAAGUAGUUAAAAUAGAACACGUAAUUUGUCAAUGAGUAAAGUGAAGUUUCGUCUGUGUCAUUUUUUUGAGGAGAUAAUUUCGUUGUCGCUUAAAUUGUUUAGAAGAUCUAUGAUCGAAAAGGCAUUUAGAAAAUGUGUUGGAUGUUGAUUUGUGUAUACUUCUGAGAGCUAUUUUUGGCACACUUAAUAUCAGACAAAUUCAAUCUAGAACUCUAAAACUUCCUUAAAAAAUUCAGCAAAUGCAUAAAAUAACUAAAUUAUUGCUGGUUGAGUCAAAGCUAAAGUCUGCUAUAGUCAAAACAUCAGGUCAUUGACAAUUUUUUGUUGUCUUGACCAUUCUCAUAAAUUUAGCCAUUGAUACAAGACAAAAACAUCAAAUCAAGAACUAACUGCUUAUUGCAUUUCACUGACCUCGAUCCUCUUUUCAAGUGAUUUAAAAUAUUUUACCGGAACAUUAUUUAGAGGCACUCUAUACACAGACUUUUCUCGUUUGGAAAUUAUUAAUGCUGGUACCAGGUUUAUAGUUUAUAGGCUGUCUUAAUUAAUCUGUAUGAUUAACAUUAAUAACAAUUUAGAAACAAUUCUUUUCUGUACGGUCAUCAGGAUAAGCCAAGUAAUGAAAGCUUUUUAAAAUGAUUUUUUGCUCAAAUAUUUGCAGUAAACAUGGAAAAAAUGUCCAGAAAGAGAACACGAAUCAGAAAUUUAGUUUCUUUUUAGAAAUGUAGAUACUAUGCUAACAAGGAAAACAGUGGAAACAAGUAAAGACCUGUGGCGGCCUUUUGCAGCCAAUAUGGGUUGUGGCCAUUAUGGAUUAAAAUCAAGACUUGUAAUGAGGAGGACAACUUAAUUUUGCCUGGCUAGAAUUAUUGGGAAUUUAUCUGGGCAAGAAUGUGCUUUUGAGAAGUGUAUUUGUUUUCAUACGAUUGACAACAUUGUUUAAUAUUUGUUUUUGAAAUGUUUUAAACUUGAAGAUAUAAAAAGAAAGUUGCGUAAAACUGCUAGAAAAAAAACUCAACCCAAAACUUGUAACUUGUUUGGAUUGUAACAUGUAGUUGUGUUCGUAAGUUAACGGUCAUUUUGUAAAUCAGUUAAAUUUCGUUUCUAUUAUUUUAUGCUGUUUUAGAUCCUUUUUUUUUUCUUCACUUGUCAUUUUCAAAACAUCUUUCAUUGAUUGAGUUUCAAACAAGUAACAAAAAUGUGCUAAAUUGUAAUGAGAAUUUGUGUACCUUAUAUUUCUGCCAUUAUUGGAUUUCAUGAAGGUGUGAUAGUAUUUGCUUAGCAUGGUUCACAAUAAUUACUUAGCAGAAACCGCUAACCAGCCAAAAUGCCAUGUACAUGUAUACUCUUUGUGACUUGUACCCUGUAUUUUUCCUGCUCAGCAAAUAAGUAAAAUAUUUCCUACUUAGCAACUCUUUGGAAUUGGUGUGUAGCUUAACUUUUGAAUGGGAAAUGAUUGUAUAUAAACAUGUAAUUUAAAUUUUGUUGUUUUUGCCUUUUCACAUCUUUAAAUAAUUAGGUAACUUUUUGUUUUUUUUCUGACAGAUAAAAAAAGUGUACAAAUUAGGACAAGAUUUCUUGGCUCUGCUUACCAUAAAGUUUUGCACUCACUAUCACUAUUCUCCGUUCAUGGAAAGUGAAUGAUUGGCAAGCAGAGCCGUGACCUUUGACCCGUGACAUUGUAAGUGGAAAUUGUAUAUCUGUAUACAGCAUGUUCAUUGCAACUUAACCACAGAGAACUCAAUUGAGAUACAUUUUAUAUUAAUUAUUGCAUUCUAAUAAAGAGGCAGUAUCAUUUUCAUGAUAAAUUUGA